AUGAAGCUAAUAAAGGUGAGGUACUGUAAAAGGUUAAUGUAUAAUCUACAACUGCAUAUCAACGGUCACAGACUAAAAGAGAGAAGCAGAAAGAAACAGACGAUGAUGGAGAAAGUUCUUCUCAGCAUCACAGCUGCAUCAGUGCUGUGUGCCGUCUCAUCAUACGCUCAACGUCAGUACCGCUUUGUUUAUGAGCCAAAGACCAUGACUGAAGCGCAGAGUUACUGCAGAGACAGUUACACUGACCUGGCCACGAUAGACAACAUGGAGGAUGUGACGAUCCUGAACAACAUGGCAGAUUUAAGCAAAAUGAAAUACAAGGCAGCCUGGAUAGGACUGUACGAUGACGUGAACAGCUGGAGGUGGUCGCUGUCAGACAGACAUUUCUAUAAACCCGGGGAGGCUGAGUUCAGAAAAUGGUACCCUGGGCAACCAGCCAACUAUCUCAGUGCAGAAUACUGCACACAGAUGUAUGAUGAUGGACAAUGGAACGAUGAGGAUUGUACCAAUUCCUUUCGUGCAGUCUGCUCUGAUGUCAGAGGGUCAAAUGUGACAUUUGUCCUCAUCAACACUAUCAUGACAUGGACUGAGGCCCAGAGCCACUGCAGAGAGCACUACACAGACCUGGCCAGUGUGAGAAAUGAAGAAGAGAACCAGAAGGUGAAGGAUCUGAUACCUGCAGGACAAAAAGUCUGGAUCGGCCUCUUCAGAGACUCCUGGAAGUGGUCUGAUGGAAGCAACUCCUCCUUUAGGUACUGGUCUCCAUCGGAACCUAAUGAUGGCCAUGACAAGUGUGUGGCAGCAAACUUUGGUAGUUCUGGACAAUGGGAAAACUGGCACUGUGAUACAAAGACAGCAUUUGUUUGCUACAAAGGAAGCUUUUUGCCAUCUAGGAUUUUACAUCCUCAAUGCAGCUCAGCAGGAGUUAAAACAGCUCGGAUCAGCAGGAUUGAGGGAGAGGUAGGAGGCAAACCACAGAAGGGCCCCUGAAUGCCAACAAUAUACUGAAGGUGGUCCAAGAGGACGGAGUGGUCAACUGUGCCGAAGACAGCAGAUUGAUCUAAAACAAUUAAAAGAGUGUGAUUUCCUGAGUCUAGGGACAGGAGCGAGUCAUUUGUCACCCUCAGGAGAGCAGACUCUGCGCUAUGAUGCUGUGAAUCCCCCAGUUUGAGUCCACUUGAGAGAGACAUACUUUUUUGGAAUUGCUUUCUCUUUCGCCAGAGUGUAAGAAGCUCUGUCAACUGUAUACAGAAGGCUUGAGAAAGGGAAAUCAAUACUAUGUUGCCUGAUAAAAUAUGGAGAACUGCACUUUCCCUUCUUCAUAGUUGUUCAAUAAACAGCAGACACAGGUUCAUUCAGUUCAAAGUCAUUCACUGUUUUCAGUCUAAGAUCAUAUAUAUAAAUGAUAUAAAUUUUAUCCCUCUGUGUCUCCAAGCUGUGAUAAAUGUAAAUCAGGUGAUGGUACAUUGUUUACCUCAGGACUCUCUCCUGACAGAGACUUGGUUCUCUUUGGAUGCUCAGAGGACUCUUUAACUCUUCACAUUCAAACAGCUCUGUUGAUGAACGUGAUACUAUCAAACAAACAUAUUCUCAAAACUUCAGAAAGCUUCAGAAACUGGUUGCAUGAGCUUGUGUUGGUCAUUCACAUGUCAUUUAAUCAUUUAAAAUGUCCCUUUUUGCAAUACCUGGACUCAAUUUGACCAUAUUUGUAUUUAUAUAUAGAUUGGGUGUUUCCUUUGUUUAUGUUUUUAAACUCCCGUGUUUGAUGGGUUGUAAUUAACAAUCACAUGUGGAUGAUGUGUACUGCUAUGACAUUUUGUGUCCUUGACACAUGGAUGAACUUGUAUCCCUUUCCCCUGGUGUGUGUGUGUGUGUGUGUGUGUGUGUGUGUGUGUGUGUGUGUGUGUGUGUGUGUGUGUGUGUGUGUGUGUGUGUUUAAGUUGAGUUUGGGACAUUGAUUUCUGUGCAGUUUAUAUGUUGGUAUGAAAAACGUGUCAAUAAAACAACACUCAGAAGACAAAGUGAGCUGAUGAAGCCUGUUUGUUUUUCAAAGCGCCUGCUUCAAAGUACGUGGUGCGAGUGAGUCUGAAGAAGAACUCCGCUCUGGAUCUGAAUGAUCCUGUUGUGAUGGAGAACAUCUUG